UUAAGUGUAAAGGUUUUAUGCUCCAACGUCAUUAGCUGGUAAACAAAUACCUUUCACCAUGAAAAGUCUUUUUUUUUUUUGGUAAAGUCGUUUAAAUUGUCUGAUUUCACAUGUACCUGUUUGUUCUUCUUUCACUGUUUGAUGUGUGUGUAAGGUUUCUCCAUUGUUUUUACUUUUUGUGUAUUUGGUCAAAUAUGAACUUGGCAUUGACCUUACUUCUACGGUGUGUGCAGAUGGGCACAUCAUCUGGAUCCAAUCUCCCUCACCAGAUGCUACCUCCACGCCAGCAACUACGAACUGAUCCCCACAUCUUUCACAAGAGAUGCAUAAACACAUCUUGCCAAAACCAACUCCCGGCAGAUGAUUGUCCCUGCGAGAUAUGUGCCAAUAGGAAAGGCUUCUGCAACCUUUGCAUGUGUGUGAUCUGUAGCAAGUUCGACUUUGAAGUCAACACAUGCCGCUGGAUUGGCUGCGAUGUGUGUUCUCAUUGGACUCGUACGGAUUGUGCGGUUAGAGAGGGAGAGAUCUCGAUGGGAGAAAUGGUGUUCAAGUGCCGUGCGUGCAACCAUACUUCUGAUUUGCUUGGUUGGGUUAAAGAUGUCUUUCACCACUGUGCACCAAACUGGGAUAGGGAAGGUUUGAUAAAGGAAUUCGAGUUUGUGAGUAGGAUUUUCCGAGGAGGGGAAGAUACAAGAGGCAAGAAACUGGUCUGCAAGUGUGAGGAACUUAUCAACAAGAUUAAAGGUGGCUUGGCAGAAGCAACAGCUGUUAAGUUGAUACUGAUGUUUUUCCAAGAGAUUGAACUGGACUCUCCAAAGGGCCUUGAAAACGAGGGAAUGAUAGCACCUCAUGAUGCAUGCAACCGUAUUGCUGAAGUUGUAAAGCAAACACUGAGGAAAAUGGAGGUAGUAGGCGAGGAAAAGACGAGGAUGUAUAAGAAAGCACUGUUGGGGCUUGAGGAAUGCGAGAGAGAGAUGGAAGAGAAAGCAAAGGAAGUGGCGGAGCUGAAGCUGGAGUUGGAGAAGAAGAAACAACAGAUAAAAGAGGUGGAGAGGAUAGUGAGGCUGAAAGAAGCAGAGGCAGAGAUGUUUCAGUUGAAGGCAAACGAGGCGAAACUUGAAGCAGAGAGGUUGGAGAGGAUUGUGAAAGCGAAAAAGGAGAGAACGGAGGAGGAGUACGUGAGUAACUACUUGAAACAGAGGCUGAGGGAAGCAGAGGCAGAGAAAGAGUAUAUAUUUGAAAAGAUGAAAGAGCAAGAAAGUGGUGGUGAGGCGUUAAAGAUCAGAGAAAUGCUUCAUGGAGACAGUGCACCGUUACACCAAGAGUAGAUUCAAUCGACCUGUGGCAGAGGAGCUGCUGCUCUGUCUCCAUCGAUUUUAACAUAACUGUAAUAAGGUCAUGUGUUUCUUUAUACUAAUUGUUUAUCUCUUUGUGAGAUUAAUAGUUAAGACUUGUGAACAGUAUGGUUAUGCAAAUAUGCACCAUGUAAUAAUUUACAUGUUCUUUGGA